UCCACCUCUCCCUCUGAUUCCACCUCUCUCCCUAGCUCUCUCUCUUCAAAGUCAAUUUGAUGGAGUAGCUUUUCAUUUCUUGGACACUCAGCAACAGCCUCUCCCACGCGCUCAUGCACAUGCACGCUCGUGCACGUUUACUCUCCUAGCGUCUAGAGUGAGUGUGUGAAAGAGACCCUUCCUAUAGCUGCUGAUAUCCUGGAUUUUUAAGAUCGUUCAUUUUGAGUGUCCCCACCUUCGGGCUGUGAGGAGGACGGCCAUCCCCGCAGCUACGGAUCCAGAAUCUCCAUCCUCAGCCGCAGAGGGAAGAGCAGCUGGAAGAGGAGGAAGAGGGAGGAAGAGGAGAGAGAGAGCUGGGCCCCAGAGCGCUCCAGCACUGGCAGCGGGGGGAAGAAGCGUGCUUCUUUGGGGCUUAACGAAGGUGCAAGCAUGCGCUGCUCCACCCUCCUGUGUAUCCUGACGGGGGUGCUUCUCUACCUAGUGCUGGGGGCCGUGGUGUUCCAGGCCCUGGAGGCUCCCCAUGAGGAGGGCCAGCACAUACAGCUGCAGGACACACGCAGAGCCUUCCUGGAGAACUACACCUGCGUCAGCCCAGACAUCCUGCAGGCCCUCAUAGAGGAGGUGGCAGAUGCUGUGGGUGCGGGUGUGGAUCCUAGCAGCAAUUCCUCCACCUUCACCAGCCAAUGGGACCUGGCCAGCGCCUUUUUCUUCUCUGGGACCAUCGUCACCACCAUCGGUUUUGGGAACAUCUCCCCAAAGACAGAAGGGGGGCAGCUGUUCUGUAUCUUUUAUGCCCUGGUGGGGAUCCCUCUGUUUGGUAUCCUGCUGGCUGGAGUUGGAGACCAUCUGGGGACCGGGCUGAGGAAGGCCAUCCUCAAAAUUGAAUUUCUCUUAGCGAAAUGGAAGGUGAGUCCUACUAUUGUUCGAGUCAUCUCAGCCAUACUCUCCAUCCUGUUGGGGGUAGCACUCUUCGUUGCAGUGCCAACGCUGGUGUUUCAGGAGGUGGAGAAGUGGACUCUCCUGGAGGCGUCCUACUUUGUUGUCAUCACCCUGACUACAGUGGGUUUUGGAGACUAUGUUGCAGGUGAUAGUGGAGAUGGUGGUAAAGACCACUGGUACAAGCCCCUGGUGUGGUUCUGGAUCCUGCUGGGCCUGGCCUACUUUGCUUCCAUCCUGUCCAUGGUUGCAAACUGGCUUCGGGUCCUGUCCAAGAAGACCAGGGCUGAGAUGGAGGAGCUCAGAGCCCGUACCACUGACUGGGGUCAGAACAUUCAGAACAUGUCCGUGGACUUCCGCAUGCCAGACGACCCCUUCAAACGACGACGACGAAAGCGUCGACAUGGCCCUCGCAGCCGAGGCAAUGGGGCAGGCCAUGUGUCUGGGGCCCCUGGGAAGGGGGGCAGAGUGAUGGAGAAUGGCCAGCUGAACAGCCAAUCAGAGACUGGAUCGUCCUCAUACUCUUACUCAUCCAACGAGUCAGAGUCUGGAUCUGCGUCAGGGUCAGAGGUCUCGCAGCAUGAGCGAGUAGUAGAGGAAAAAGAGAAGGAUGUCGAUAAGGAGAAUGCCUUCCCAGAAUCCCUUUAUUCCCAGCCUCUGGACUACUUUGGAGAGAACCUGGCAUACAUUGAUGAGUCCUCAGAUGCAGUUAGUGGAAAAUUACAUUUGGAUCCCCUGUUGGAUCCAACACAGCCCGUCUCUACACGCUCACGAAAGCCCAAGAGGAGACGGCCCAGAAGGCCACCCCCAGAGAAGAGCCCUAAAAUUAGCCCUACCAAGCCUGAGAAGAAAGAGCCCAAUGGAGACAUAAAACCCCCUGAAAAUCCACCGCCACCGAAGGAUAGAUGAACCAAAUGCUCAAAGGUGAGUUUGUAUGUUUUCAGAGCAUGUUGAAAAUGGAUAAACAUAUGGAAAAAAAGACAAAUUAUGAAACUGUCAAACUAGAAAACCCCUGACUCUGCUCUUUUUAGGGGUGAAGGGAAGAAGAAGUUAUGUGGGAAGAACUGAACCUGAUUGAUUAUGUUUUAUUCACUACACUGUUCAUGUUUCAUAAACAUAGUUUGAGUGUGUGUAUGCCUGAUUCAAAUAGGGAGUGAGCCUUGAUGUAAUAGCAGAUUGACUUAUUCAAAUAAUCCUAACAAAACUUAACCAUGUCACUUCUUUAACCUGAUGUUGCCUUCGUAGUGUUUUAAUAAGGAACACAAUCUUAUGUGCCCCAUUUAUCCAUGUUUGCUUAUGGAGUGAGCGCUCCCUACUGGGCAAUCAUGAAACUGCAAAGCCCUGUUUUCUCUGGAUAUAAUAAGCAGUGAAGCACACCAACAUGCAUUGUAUUUUUUUUAAUACUCUGAAUCAAUUUAGAUUUUUUUGCCAUUAGGGGAAAAAAGCCUUAUGACAAUAACUCUCCCAUAAUGAAUUUGUCCCUGAAUGUCUAGAGCCCAAACUUUAGAGAACAAAGCUUUGGUGUAUAUAAUAGGAAAGUUCUAAUUCAAGGCAUGAGUAAAUCCAGUCUCUGCCAAUAACCAUAUCUGGUCUUGCAUGACCUUAGCCUAAGUAUUACACUAGUGACGUUAUUACUGUGUGCACUGUGUACAGCAUUACUGUGUGCACUGUGUACAGCAUUACUGUGUGCACUGUGUACAGCAUUACUGUGUGCACUGUGUACAGCAUUACUGUGUGCACUGUGUACAGCAUUACUGUGUGCACUGUGUACAGCAUUACUGUGUGCACUGUGUACAGCAUUACUGUGUGCACUGUGUACAGCAUAUGCCAUUGUAUAUAUUUUUGAGUAUUAUUCUUUGAAUGUAUUACACACAACUGUCCUGUAAAAUAAACAACACAUUUUUAAAAUAAUCAGAA